AUGCCAUACUAUCCACGUAAUAUGCUUGGCUAUGGUCAACAUCCACCGAAACCUUGUUGGCCAAAUGAUGCUUAUGUCGCUGUUCAGUUCGUUCUUAACUAUGAAGAAGGCGGUGAAAAUAAUAUUUUACAUGGAGAUUCUGCUUCGGAAGCAUUUCUUUCUGAAAUUGUUGGUGCCGCUCAAUGGCCUGGGCUUCGCCAUUGGAAUAUGGAAUCUAUCUAUGAAUAUGGUGCUCGCGCUGGGUUUUGGCGUUUACAUCGUCUCUUGACAGAAAAGGAAAUACCGGUUACUAUCUAUGCUAUUGCAACUGCUCUUAUGCGAUCACCUACACAAGUCAAAGCCAUGCAAGACGCUGGAUGGGAGAUAGCUUCACAUGGCUAUAAAUGGAUCGAACAUAAAGAUAUGUCCGAAGAAACUGAGCGUACGCAAAUUGAUGAAGCCAUUCGCCUUCAUACUCUCGCUACUGGCCAACGUCCAACCGGUUGGUAUACUGGUCGAUGUUCUGUCAAUACUGUUCAUCUUGCUAGUGACGAAGGUGGAUUUGAAUAUAUUUCAGAUACGUAUGAUGAUGACUUACCCUACUGGUAUGAACGUAACGGUAAACCACAAUUGAUUAUUCCUUAUACAUUAGAUGCAAAUGAUAUGAGAUUUGCCACUCCACAAGGUUUUAAUUGUGGUGAUCAAUUUUAUACUUAUCUUAAAGAUUCGUUUGAUACACUCUAUGAAGAAGGAAAGCGAGGCAGUGCAAAGAUGAUGACUAUUGGCUUACAUUGCCGUUUAAUAGGCCGUCCUGGUAGAAUCGCUGCUCUAGCUCGUUUUAUUGAUUACAUAAAAAGUCAUGACAAAGUGUGGAUACCCACUCGAAUUGAUAUUGCUCGGCAUUGGAAAAAAAUGCAUCCAUACGUUAAACCAGAUUUGGUCCCAUCAAAAUUAAAUCGAGAAACAUUCAUACAUCGAUUUGGAUCAAUUUUUGAGCAUUCACCGUGGAUUGCAGAGCGUGCUUUUGACGGAGAGCUUGGUCCAGCUAAUGAUAACGCUACAGGUCUACAUUUUGCUUUACGAACACAAUUUCGUGCGGCAUCUGACGAUGAACGUUUGCAAGUUUUAGUUGCCCAUCCAGAUUUAGCUGGCAAGUUAGCUGCUGCGAAACUUUUAACAGCUGAAUCAACAAAUGAGCAAGCUUCUGCCGGUCUUGACAUGUUAACAAGUGAAGAAAAACAGAUAUUCACUGAAUUGAAUAAUAGCUAUACAAAAAAAUUUAGCUUUCCAUUUAUAAUUGCGGUAAAAGAUAAUACGAAAGCAAGUAUACUUGACGCUUUCAAAUGUCGACUUGAUAAUGAUCGAGAAACGGAAUUUCAAACAGCUUGCGCUCAAGUAGAACGUAUUGCUUAUUUACGUUUGAAAGCUGUCUUACCCGAUUAG